GCUGACCUGGUGGCGCUGGCGCAGCGCGUGCAGCAGGCAGAUGAAUUCAUCCGAGCUAAUGCCUGCAAUAAACUGACCGUCAUAGCGGAGCAAAUCCGGUAUUUGCAGGAGCAGGCGCGGAAGGUCUUGGAUGAAGCUAACAGAGAUGCUGAUCUACACCACGUGGCCUGCAAUUUCGUGAAGAAACCAGGAAGCAUCUACUACUUGUACCAGCGGGAAAGUGGCCAAAGAUGCUUCUCCAUAAUCUCUCCUAAGGAGUGGGGGACCAGUUGCCCACAUGCUUUUCUUGGUGCCUACAAGCUUCAGCAUGACAUGUCCUGGACUCCAUCUGAGAACAUUGAAAGACGAGAUGCUGAAAUUGGCAUCAUUGAUAAGCUGCUGAGCCAGCAGGCAGCACUGCCUCAGUGUGCAGAGCCCAAUUUCCAAGGCCUCAUCAAGUGAAGCAGGCUGGCAGUAAUCGUGGAGGAGACGUGAACAGCUGAAGUAGCUAGCACUGCAAAAAAGAGUUUCAGGAAUAGACCAAGAAUCAAAAAAUGGUGAUUCUGCUCAUUUCAGCUACUACUAAUUCAUUUUACCUUGAAAAGUUUGAACGCAAAGUUUUGUUUUUUUUUCAGUCCCACCCAAACAUCCAGUAAUGUGUAGCUUUGGCUUAUGGCUAUAUAGGGCCAAAAAAACCCUACUGUCUUUUUCACUAGGCUCUUUUUUCUGUGAUAACAUGAAAAAGAGGUGAUGUUGCUUCCCUGAUGGUCUAGGAGAUGCACGAGAGGCAAGAAUUUGUGUAUGAUAUCCCUUAUUGGGCCGACUGUAUGGUUGGGUACAGAUAUAGAUCAAUGUUCAGGUAUCACAGGGCUGAAAGAGCAUACUGUAAUACCCAAAAGCUUCCCUAUACUUUUAUCAAGCAUACAGUUGGUUCAAGUAAAAGGUAUCACCCACAAGAACGUAAAAAAGAGGUAUUCCUUCUCCCCAAAGGAGUCUUCAGAUAUGUAUCAACCAAAAGACUAAAAAGAAAAUCUUGUUUCUCAAUCACCAGUUUUGUAACUCUGCCGUUUGUAUCAGAAUUGCACAGCUUAAUGUUCACCCUGCCCUUUUCUGCAGCUGCUAAGGACUCUAAUUGUGAAUCAGUCUCGCUGCAGUGAUCUCUUUCACUGACGUUCACUCUAUUCCAGUGAACGGAAUCGCUCCAGUAUCAAUCCAAGUAAAUCCUUAUGUGCUCCCUUUUAGAAUAUCCUUCUGUUAUCAGGUUCCCCUUGGAUAUAGGGGGAGUAAGAAAUAGGAUCCACCCAGGGGGUGUGUUGUGUGUCUGCCUGUCUGUCAGCUGUGCUGCCACCGGUGAGGAAAGAGGUCCAUUCUAGCUAGCUCUGGUUUAUACAGUGUAGUACCAUCUAGUACAAUGGGGCUUUGAGAUCCGUUUAAGGGUACUAUGGGGUGCUGAGCAAUAUUAACACUGUUGGGUGUGCAAACAUCUAUACACCAUUUGCAAGAAAAACCCA